AUGGUUCGUUAUGGCCCUACACCAAUUAAUUUCCAACAAAUGUGGACUACACAUGAGAGCUUUAAGGAUUAUGUGUUAAAGAUAUGGGAAGAGAACUCAGAUGAAAGUGGUUUAUGGCACCUAGUUGGAAAACUAAAAAGGUUGAGGACUACACUACGUAUGUGGAACAAAGAGGUGUUUGGGUGGACGCAGGAACACAUUCAGCAGCUGGAAAAAGAGUUAGAAGAGUUGGAUGCUAGCCUACAACUGGCUCACUCGAAGGAGAUAAAAUAUACCUAUUUAACUACAAAAGUAGAACUUGACACUUGGGAGAAGAGAGAAAGGGAUGCCCCUAGCACAAAUAGCAAAGCAAAGGUGGAUUGUGAAAGGUGA